AUGGUCGGACGACUCCAAGGAAAGAAUGCCAUCGUCACCGGUGCUGCCGGUGGCAUCGGUCUCGAGACCACCAUCCUCAUGCUCCGCGAAGGCGCAUCCGUCCUCAUGACAGAUAUUAGCGACACAGGCCUUGCUACAGCUCUUCAAAAAGUAAACACUGUCAUCCCUCCGAAUCUUCGAACCGGAAAGGUCGAAACAAAGACCAUCGACGUAUCAGACGAAUCCCAAAUCGAAGCCGCAGUGUCGCACCUAGAUUCCUGGGGCGGAAUCGAUAUUAUUUUCAACAAUGCUGGAAUCAUGCACCCCCGCGACGCUGACUCGGUGGAGUGUCCGGAGGAUAUCUGGGAUCGAACGAUGGACAUCAACGUUAAGGGCGUGUGGUUUGGAUCCAAACAUGCCGUCCUCGGAUUCCGGAGACAUGGGAAGAAGGCCGGUAGCGUGAUUAACACCGCUAGUGUGGUUGGGCUGGUCGGCGCUGCGACGUCCCAGCUGGCGUAUACUGCGAGCAAGGGUGCUGUUUUGGCUAUGACCAGGGAGUUGGGUAUCGUUCACGCGCGUGAGGGUUUCCGGUUCAAUUCGCUUUGCCCUGCACCGUUGAAUACACCCUUGCUUCAGGACUGGCUGGGAGAUGACAAGGAGAAGCGUUUCCGUCGCGAGGUACAUUUUCCCAGCGGCCGGUUCGGCGAGGCGAUUGAGCAAGCGCAAGCUGUUAUUUUUCUGGCGAGUGAUGAAAGUAGUUUUGUCAAUGCGACUGACUUUGUUGUCGAUGGAGGCAUGACAAAGGCAUAUGUGACCCCUGAGGGACCAGCCACAGAGGCACCAAAGAACUUGGCCGGGCCAUAA